UAUAGUGAGCGGAUCAUCGGUUAUUAGCGUCAGUUAUAAUCAUAGUCAACAAUGGCAAGCAAGCGAUGGAAGGACGAUAUCGCAUACGUGACGACCUCUUAUAAAUUAGUUUCUUGGCCCAUUGGCGUUUGGCCAUUGCAAGUUUAUAACUUUUAUUCGUUAUUACGCAGUAUCUUGAGCACCUGUUUCGCGGCUAUAGUGGUAAUCAUACCUCCCAUUGAGAUGUACAUGGGCUGUACUAGCGCGGGACAAAAUGUGGACUGUAUCAUGUUAAGCUUUUGCGGAUCGCUUGCUGUGCUGAAGAUAAUAUUGUUCCGCAUUUAUGCAAGCAAUUUAAUUAACAACUAUAAAUCUGCAUUAAACGAUUAUUUGACAAUUGGGAACAUAAAAGAACGUAUAAUAAUGCGAAAACAUGCUUUUAUAGCAAAAAUUGUUUCAUUUCCUCUGCUGUGCUUCUCUUAUUUUUGUUGUAUAGUGUAUACGUUAACACCUUUUAUGAAUCAUGAUGAAAAGAAUCAGAACGUAACGGCUGAGGAUAUCGUAUUAGAAUAUCCAAUACCAUCAAAAUGUACUAUGAAAUACUUUCAUGCUCCAAUAAACAUGUACAAAAUAUUUGUCAUCAUUCAAGCUAUUUCACUGAUAGUAGUGACUAAUGCUAAUCUUGGUAGCGACGCACUAUUUAUCAACGUUACAUUACAUGUCUGUGGUCAAAUGAAAAUUCUAAGAUCCCAUUUCGCCAACUUAGAUGUUACAUGUCCACAAAUUUACGAUUAUUUCAAUAAACUUAUACAAAGACAUAUUUACUUGAUAGGAAUGAUCAGAGAACUUGCUGAAGUUAUUAGUCUUAUUUUAUUAGCAGAGCUCUUUAUUAUUAGCAUAUGUAUAUGCAUAAUGGGAUUUCAGUUCAUCAUAGCAUUGAAAGACAAAGAUUCUGUUAUGAUAGGACAAAGUUUAAUGGCACAAAGUGUUUUUUUGGUAAAGUUAUCAGUGUACAGCUUCAUCGGAAAUUACCUAAAGUCCUUAAUGGAAGAUAUAGGUUAUUCUAUUUAUCAAAUUGCUUGGUAUGAAUUUCCAAUUAAACUGAUGAGGAAUCUAGUGUUCAUCUUUAUGCAAACAGAAGCUCCAUACAUGUUUCAAGCUGGGAAUUUUAUUCUGAUAAAUUUGACAACUUUAGUAAGCAUUUUGAAGACCUCUUUUUCAUAUCUGUCUGUACUUCGUAUGAUGCUUGAGACAUAUCGUUGGUUACUUGCAUCGGUUACAAUCAUUAUCUCGACAAUGGCAAGCGAGCGAUGGAGGGACGAUAUCGCAUACGCGAUGACCCCUUUUAAAUUGAUUACGUGGCCUAUUGGCGUAUGGCCACUUCAAGUUUAUGACAUUUAUUCGCUAUUUCGUUGUGCCUUAGGCACUUGUUGUGCGAGUCUAGUUGUGAUCUUGCCUUCCAUGGAGUUAUACAUGGGUUGUACUGACAUAGAGCAGAACAUAGACUGUCUGAUGUUAAUCUGUUGCGGACUUCUCGGUGUGCUGAAGACAACUUGGUUCCGCAUUCAUGCAAAUAGUUUAAUUAACAAUUAUGAUUCUGCUCUGAAGGAUUAUCUAACCAUUGACAACAUAAAAGAUCGUGAAAUUAUGCGAAAACAUGCUUUUGCAGCAAGAAUUGUUUGCUGUUCUAUGCUGGGCUUUUCUUACUUUAGUUGUCUAAUAUAUGGAAUAAUUCCUUUUUUAUAUUAUGACCAAGGUAAUCGAAUUAAUAUAACGAACAAGGAUAUGGUAUUGGAAUAUACGAUACCAUCAAGAUGCGUUCUAGAAUAUUUCAAGUUUCCAACGAGCACAUAUGAAAUUUCCUGUAUCGUCGAAACUAUUAUAAUGACACUGGCGACUACAACUAAUCUUGGUAAUGACGCGUUGUUUCUCAAUAUUACACUGCAUAUUUGUGGUCAAGUGAAUAUUUUAAGGAUCCAUUUUGUCAAUUUUGAUAUCACAAGACCGCGAAUCUAUGAUCGUUUCAACGCGCUAAUUCAGAGACAUCGUUACUUGAUAAUGUUGGCCAGGGAACUUGCUGAUUUGAUAAGUUUCGUAUUGCUUAUGGAAUUAUUCAUUAUCAGCAUAUUAUUGUGUAUAAUGGGAUUUCAGCUUAUUUUAGCGUUGAAAGUCAAUAAUACAGUAAUGAUAGGAAAGAGCUUAAUGGUAUUGAGUGCCUUCUUGACACAACUAACGCUAUAUAGUUUUGUCGGGAAUUAUUUGAAAUCUGAAAUGGAAGAGAUAGGAUUUUCUAUUUAUCAAAGUGCUUGGUAUAAUUUUCCUAGGAAAUUGACAAGAAACAUAAUCUUUAUUCUUAUGCAGGCAAAAUCUUCAGUCGCGAUUCAGGCUGGAAAUUUCAUUCUAGUCAAUCUGUCAACUUAUGUGAGCAUUUUGAAAACCUCUUUUUCCUAUUUAUCUGUACUUCGUAUAAUGCUCGAAGUUUGAAAUCUAAGCUGCGAAUGAAACAAAUCUGCAAAUUCUAAAUACAAUAUUUGAUAUGUUUGAAAUUGCACAAUACAAUGUUUUCAAAAACAGGAAUGUAUGAAAAAGUGUUUUUAAGAAUGUUACGUCAAUAAACUUUUCACUUACAAUAA